AUGUGGGCUAGAGACAAAACGGAUUUCAUGGUUAAAGACCCUACAGGUCUAUCUGGAGGUCUCCUAUGCAUUAGGGAUACUGAGGUGUUCCAACUACAAGUUUGUUGUAGUAGUAGAAGAUUCAUUCUACUGUCAGUUGGCAAUAGGAAGAAAUUAUGGGAUAGUUUGAUUAAACUGAAGAUGGACUUCCAUAAUCCUUGCUGGAGAAAGGAGGUAUUUGGGAAUGUAAUUUUCAAACUAAAGACAGCAGAUGAGGAACUCCAUACAUUAGAUCUUGUUGCUGAAUCUAGAGAUCUGGUUUAUAAUGAAAUAUUAAGAAGAAGAUUAGUAAGAGAACAAGUUUGGAAGCUAAGUAGGAUGGAGGAAUGGAUAUGGUUGCAAAAGUCAAGACUCAACUGGAACAUGAAAGGCGAUAGAAAUACUAGAUUUUUUCAUUUGAUGGUAGAGUUUUCAGAGGAAGAAAUUAAAGCUGUAAUUAGAGAUUGUAAUGGUAAUAAGGCUCCAAGUCCUGAUGGAUUUAAUAUGAUCUGCUUUCAAAAAUUAUGGAAAUUGAUGAAGAGAGAUGUGUGCAACUUUUUCAAGGAAUUUCACAUGAAUGGCAAAUUGUUGAAGAGAUUAAAUAGUUCCUUCAUUUCACUCAUUCCCAAAAAGGAUAAUCCAGUGGGUCAUGGAGAUUAUAGACCCAUUAGCCUUAUUGGAUCAAUGUACAAAAUUUUGGCCAAGGUGUUGGCUAGUAGGUUGAAACCUGUUUUGCCCCAUAUCAUUAGUGAAUCUCAAUCAGCAUUUAUAGGAGGAAAGAAUAUUUUGAAUGGUGUGCUAAUUACAAAUGAGGUGAUAGAUGGUUGGAAGAAAGCUAAAAAGAAAGGUGUGCUAAUUAAGCUUGAUUUUGAUAAGAUUGAAGAAUGUGUAUCAUUUGCCAGUUUAUCAGUGCUUGUCAAUGGCUUUCCAAUUGAGGAGUUUAGUCCACAAAGAGGCCUAAAGCAAGAGGAUCCCUUAUCCCCUUUCUUGUUCAAUUUGGCAACAGAAGGCUUUAGUAUUCUUCUGUCUACAUCACAACAGUUAGGUCUUAUUAAAGGGGUAAAAAUUGGAGCAAAUGGUGUGUUAUUGUCCCAUCUUCAAUUUGCAAAUGGUUCACUACUUUUUUGUGAAGCAGAGGAGGUUGAAUAUUUGGGGCUGUCCUUGGGAGCUAAUCCAAAUAGGGAAGCAUCUUGGAAACUAGUUCUGGACAAAGUCAGAAGCAGGUUAACUGGGUGGAAGAGAAGAUUACUAUCAUUUGCAGGUAGGCUUACUCUAAUUAAAGUUGUAACUUCUUCUUUGCCUGUGUAUUAUUUAUCUCUCUUUAAGAUACCAGUAGGGGUAGCCAGAGAGUUUGAGAAACUUCAGGCUAGAUUUCUCUGGGGUGUGUCUGAACUGAAGAGAAAACUCCAUAUGGUGAAGUGGGAGGAUAUUACAAAAAGUGUGGAGCAAGGUGGGCUUGGCAUCCGGAGAGUGAGAGUGGUUAAUGAUUGCUUAUUAGUCAAGUGGUGGUAG